UUUAACGAGGUAGCUGUAAAUUCUGGGAAGAAGAGUAGAAACAACCCAGAGAAACAAGCUCCUCACACUAACAUCAAACGACCAAAGAGGGCAGAAGUAAAUUUUCUCCCUAAUUUCCCAAGAGGCGAAGAUGGUGCAAGCCUUGAGCAAUUAAGACUCCAAAUUGUGGAUGAAGUUAAGAUGAGUGACAAAAACCUUCCCCUCAUUGCCAAGUUAAUGCAGACCACCUUCGCUCUGCGGCGCAAAGAGGUCAUCAAUGAUGACCUACCUGUUGGAGAAAUCCUGGAACGCUGGCCUGCCCUUAAAAUGGAGUCACAGGUCUGUGCUGAGUUUCACAGAAUUGCAAACAUGAACCUGAAGAACCACUUCUUUGCGGAGUUGGACCGUCAUGCCCAUCGUCUUCAGAGCUUGUUCAGGAAGAAAGCUGCUCGCACAGGAAAAGUUGCUGACGUUCUGGGUCAGCUCUUUAGAGCUUAUGACCUCCAGGAACAAGUUGAUGUCCAUGUUAGACGUGCUGCUGUUCUACGUGCUCUCCCUGCCUAUCUAAAUGAGGAUGACUCUGGAUUUCUGAAGCUGUGGGAUGAGGCGCAGUCUGAUGAACCUAACAUUGAUGACCUACCGGUUGGGCUUCUCUUGAUCAGUGCCAAUUCAACAGAUGCCACGUUCUUCUGCCCAGACAGGACUGCAGUUGUGCUUGAGGGUAACAUAGUUAUCAAUUUCCCCACAUUGGCUGAUGCAUUUGUGAUGCUUUUUGCACUGAUUUAUGCUCUGCAUUUAAGUUACCCAAAAGACUUGGCCAACACAUUUGACUUUAUCCAGAAAGUGUUGAUGGGCCUGGAUGAUGGGAAGUUGAGGCCCAGGGUGUUGAGCCUUAAAAAUGAUCUGUUGGCAGUGGAGUAACCUAAUGUGUUACAAAAACAAAGAUGACAAUGUUGCCUCUUUGCUGGACUUUUUGUAUUCAUAUGCACCACUGUCAUUUGAGCAUACCAUAGAACAAUGAAAGUAGUGAGUUUACUUUUAUUUUUUAUUUUUUUAACAUCUUAUAAAUGUGUUUUGGAGUGUAAUGUUCAACCAAAUGUUUGAUGCAGGGUUGGUACUUUAUGGAUGUGUAAAACAGUAUGGGCAUUUUUUUCCCUCUGGUUAUAUUGCAAUACCCAUAUAUUUUGAUAAUUCUAGCUAUAUUAGGGCUUUAUGAACCAUAUGGGUACCAAGCCUUUGUUCACUUAUAGGAGUUAGGAUUUUCCUCAGGCCACGUUCUGUUAGGGCUGGGUAUCAUUCAAAAGGUUUCGAUUUGGGUACCCAUGCCAAUACAGUGUCUUCAAUACCAGUUUCUGAACAAUACUUUUUUCGAUAUCAAUUUUAUAAAAUCCAUUAU